CUGAAGGAUUCAGCGCCCGGUCAAGUGCGCAGUGGAGGUACAGUGAAGAAAUCGCUGUGGACACGUUCCGUGGAAUCGGCUUUCGAAUUCCAUCGAAUUGUCGAAGACAUUUAUCCGGACGGUGUACGAUUGAUCCGUUUUGUGGUAUCCGAUUUUGUUGGUCGUUUCCUGACACCAAACUGGGGCGCAAAACUCAUUUCACUGGAUGAGUUAUUGAAAUCAUUUGGUGUAUGCGGUAUUCCGGAUCCAGAAGCCGAUCUGUCGUCCUGUUCGAUAAUCAAUGGCAUUUCGAUGGCUGUCGAAGCGAUCAGUGAGUUAACCGAAUUGCAAAAGAAACAGGUCGAGCUGAAUUCGGGCAUCGAUGGAUUCCGAAAACGUCGUCGUGAUGUAUCACCAGGCGAAGAAACCGAAGUUCUGAAACCGCCGAUUGUCGGUUCCGAAGCACCAGGCGAAGAAGAACGGGAUUUGCGCCAUGAAAGAUUCCCGGAACGAUAUGAAAAAUUGGCAUCACUAGUGGAACGUGAAAGGAAUGAAAUUUAUGAGCUAACACUGGAAAAUGCUACGAAAAAAGUCUCACCAAAUUCCGGGACCAUCGUUGUGUUCACAUCCACAAAAACUGAUGACGACAUUGCUCUGCUUGCCAAGCACAUCAGUGAAGUUAUUAGCAGCCGUAAUAAAAUGUUGAAAUCGUUGGACGGUGACAAAAAUUUUGCCUCAAUUGCACUGGUACACGUUUUCUUCUUUAUCAUAUAUCCAGUUGUGGAAGGCAAUUUUCCUCUUCCAACACCUAAACCACUUACCAAGGUUCACUUUUAAAA